AAUUCAAUUUAUCCUUCUUCCCCACCUCACCCAGGAAGAGAGAGAGAGAAUUGAGAAGAGAUAUGUUGAUGAAGUGGCAGUAAUUAAUAUAGACAUCGAAUUAGAGUAAAUGGAGUGGGUAAAAAAGGUGGGGUUUUUGGUGUUGAUGCAAAUAUUGUUAGUGCAGUGCCAACAGGAUUUUGGAAAUGGAAUCAACGCCACUCAGCUCGACGAUCCAACGGUCAUGAAGCACUUCACGGAGUUAGUCUACCGCCGUCUCUCCGCCGUCACCUCCGAUCUCAUAAAUACUCAGAUUGCUCACAAAGCCACCUUCUGUAUUACAGACCCGGAAGUGGAGUGGAAUAAAUCUUUUAAUUACUCUUCUAAUUUGGAUUUCUUGUCCAAAUGCAUUGCGGAAACUCAAGGAGAUUUGGCGCAAAGAUUGUGUACAGCAGCAGAGCUGAAAUUUUAUUUCACGAAUUUCAUUGCUAGCACGAAAUCUGCGUCUUCUUUCCUGAAGCCAAAUAUAAACUGUAAUUUAACGAGAUGGGUUUCGGGCUGUGAGCCCGGAUGGGCUUGCAGUUCGGGCCUCACUCAGCCCGAUUUCACAAACGCGCAACAAAUACCAGCCCGAACUUCUGCAUGCCAAUCUUGCUGCGAGGGUUUCUUCUGCCCUCAGGGCCUCACAUGCAUGAUACCUUGUCCAUUGGGUUCCUACUGCCCUCGAGCAACGCUCAAUGCCUCCACUGGAUUAUGUGACCCAUAUAUGUACCAGCUACCUCCAGGACAUUCGAAUCAUACGUGUGGAGGAGCUAAUAUUUGGGCAGAUGUUAGCAGAAGCGCGUCCAUGUUCUGUUCAGCCGGAUCCUAUUGUCCAACCAACACACAGGAAAUCUCUUGCGCUAGCAGGCAUUACUGCCUAAUGGGAUCUACUUCUGAGAAACGAUGCUACAGGCUGACAUCGUGUGAUCCCAGCUCACCUAGGCAGAAUAUAAGCCAAUAUGGAGUGAUGUUGAUUGUUGGCAUUAGUGUCAUUCUGUUCAUCUUCUACAAUUGCUAUGAGAAAGUCAUCACAAUCAGGGAAAGGAGGCGUGCUAGAUCAAGGGAGACUGCAGUGAAAAGCGUCAAGGAGAAUGCUCGAGCACAGGCACGCUGGCUAGUUGCAAAGGACGCUAUUAGGAGGAGGGUGCUUGAGAUGUCCCAUUCAUUUUCACGUGCUGUAUCUGGACGAAGGGAGAUAGAAGCCACUGAUCUUCCAACACACGAGAUUAAAGAGUAUGGUGAUAGUUUUGAAGGCAUGGAUUCAGAGACUGGAGACAAGGAUGAGACUGGAGACAAGGAUAAGACGAAGAAGGUGAAGGCGAAGCAUAUCAGGACGGAUACUCAGAUGUUCAAGUAUGUGUAUUCUCAGCUGGAGAAGGAGAAAGCUCAAGAGCAGCACAAGGAAGAUGCUGCUACCUUGUCUGGAGUGAUUUCAAUGGCUAUGGAUGCUGGGGUGAGAAGAAGGCCUGCUAUUGAGAUUGCUUUCAGAGACCUCACAGUGACGUUGAAGCAUAAAAAGAGGUGUCUUUUGAGGUUUAUCAACGGGGAAAUCCUGCCCGGUAGGAUAACUGCUCUCAUGGGGCCAUCUGGGGCAGGAAAAACAACCUUGCUUUCAGCACUGGCUGGGAAAACAGUUGGAUGCUCCAUAACUGGCUUGGUUCUCAUAAACAGCAAGGUGGAGUCGAUAGCCUCGUACAAAAAGAUCGUUGGCUUCGUGCCACAGGAUGAUGUUGUGCAUGGGAAUUUAACAGUGGAAGAGAAUAUAUGGUUCAGUGCCAAUUGCAGGCUUUCAGCUGGUUUACCUAAAGCAGGCAAAGUACUUGUUGUUGAGAGAGUCAUCGAGUCCCUCGGGCUGCAGCCAGUGCGAAACUCCUUGGUUGGCACUGUGGAGAAACGAGGCAUCUCCGGUGGGCAGAGGAAGCGCGUAAAUGUGGGGUUGGAGCUAGUAAUGGAACCUUCACUCUUGUUCCUAGACGAACCAACCUCCGGAUUGGACAGCUCGUCUUCUCAGCUCCUUCUCAGAGCACUCAAACGAGAAGCGCUUGAAGGCGUUAACAUUUGCAUGGUUGUCCACCAACCAAGCUAUUCCUUGUUCAAUAUGUUUGAUGACUUGAUACUUCUAGCUAAGGGGGGACUCACUGCCUACCACGGGGCGGUUAGGGAUGUCGAGGAUUACUUUGCAAACCUCGGUAUCAGUGUCCCGGACCAUAUCAAUCCACCAGACUACUUCAUAGAUGUUUUGGAAGGAAUGGUGAAGCCUCACACUAGCUCAGCUGUAACUUAUGAAGACCUUCCUCUCAGAUGGAUGCUCCACAAAGGCUACCCCGUUCCACCCGACAUGCAAAGGACUGCUUCAGCGGCUGGUGUGCCUGCAAGAAAUCAAGAAAAUCAGAGCAUUGAUCAGCAGCAUCUGUCUUUCUGUGGGGAGCUGUGGCAGAAUCUGAAAUAUAGAGUUGAAGCACGGUGUGAUGUUGUACGGAACAACUUCCUCAUGAUGAAUGACUUGUCUAGGAGAAGAACUCCCUGCAUUCUUGUGCAAUAUCGAUACUUUGUUGGAAGGAUAGCUAAGCAACGCCUUCGAGAAGCUAGAAUUCAAGCCAUAGACUUCCUCAUAUUGCUGCUUGCUGGUGCCUGUUUGGGGCUGCUUGCUAAAUCAGGUGAUGAAAGCUUUGGCGCGCCAGGUUAUACCUACACUGUUAUAGCUACUUCUCUAUUGAGCAAGAUCGCGGCACUGAGAACGUUCUCUCUGGACAAGCUGGAGUACAGGAGGGAACGGGCUUCGGGCAUCAGCAGCCUUGCACAUUUUGUGGCCAAAGACACAAUAGACCAUUUCAAUACACUGAUCAAGCCAUUGGUGUACCUCUCCAUGUUUUACUUCUUCAGCAAUCCAAGAUCGACGUUCUUGGACAACUACAUCGUCUUGCUUUGCCUCAUCUACUGUGUAACGGGGAUAGCUUACACGCUGGCUAUCUUCCUCGAACCGGGUCCAUCUCAGCUGUGCUCUGUGCUUCUACCUGUAGUUCUCACUCUGCUCUCCACUCAACCCAAAGACAGCAAAUUUAUCAAGAUUUUCACAAGAUUGUGUUAUCCAAGUUGGGCUUUAGAAGCAUUCAUUGUCUCAAAUGCUAAGAGCUACCACGGUGUAUGGCUCAUACAGAGGUGUGGUGCACUUCUCAUAACUGGCUAUAAUGUCAAUGACUGGAAUCUUUGCAUAACCCUUCUCAUGGCUACAGGCGCAGCUUGUCGCGCAUUAGCUUUCAUCGGUAUGUUAGCUUUGCAGAAGAAGUGAGUUCAAGAAUCUUGCACUUGGCAAUGGUAGGAGUUUGUAAAAUUUAGUUGAUUUUGGAGUGCCUGGUCAGCAUCCUGGCUAACAAAUUGUGAUGUUAAGUAGCUUAGAUCACAAAAUCUCACACAAAUUCAUACAAUCUGAUAACAGCUUUGAUCCAAAUUCUUACACAUUCUUUCCUGUUUAUAUAAAAGAAAAUUAUACUUGAAGAUGACAAUAUGCCAAUCCCAAUUUUAUUUUCCA